GUGGGGCGGGGGCGUCCUCAAAGGGCGAGGGCUGGCUUCGCGGAGAGUGUCUCUAUGUGGCGCUUCAGUGGGUUGUUAACGGCGCUUUCGAUCGGUAUGAAGAAAAGGUUUUAUUAUGCGGUGAAGGCCGGGAGGAAGCCCGGAGUGUACGCAACCUGGGAUGAAUGUAAAGAACAAGUAGACAAGUUUCCUAAUGCCAGUUUCAAGAAGUUUGCUAUUGAAGAUGAUGCGUGGUCUUUUGUAAGGACGGUGGCUUCAAAUUCACAAGCUACAUCGACAGACUGCAGUGACCAAAUCAAGUCUACUAAUGAGGAGAAGAACCUAGAGGAUUGUAAUGGGAGAAAACGUUCUCUGUCGUCCGUUGAGGACGAGACAUGCACAAAACGUUUUAAAAGCACACAAUCAUUCAUUGACUUGGAACAGAAGUUUACUUACAUGGGAGAUGCUGUUGCAGUAUACACGGAUGGCUGCUGUUCAAGUAAUGGGAGGAAGAGAGCUCAAGCUGGAAUUGGUGUGUACUGGGGACCAGGUCAUUUCCUAAACCUUAGUGAAAGACUUGCAGGAAGACAGACCAACCAAAGGGCAGAAAUAGUUGCAGCUUGUCGAGCAAUUGAGCAGGCCAAAGAACUCAAUAUUGAAAAGCUUGUUAUUUUUACAGACAGCAUGUUUACAAUUAAUGGUAUCACCAAGUGGAUCAAAUCUUGGAAGUGUAAUGGAUGGAAGCUUAGUACUGGAGGAUCAGUAAUCAACAAAGAAGACUUUGAAAGACUUGACAAAUUAACCUCUGGUAUAAAUAUUGAAUGGAUGCAUGUCCCUGGUCAUGCUGGUUUCCCAGGAAAUGAAGCAGCAGACAGUCUAGCCAAGGAAGGAGCUUCCAAGCCCCUAAGCUGAUAAACAUUGUCAAACACUUUGCAGUUCAUGGAUGCAAAUCUGAAAUAUAUGUACAUUUCUUAUUUUUUUGUAAAGCCUUUAUCAGUCGCUCCAACAAUGCUCUUUAUUACCAACUGCAGGCAACAGCUUGUUCCAUUGUCAAUAAUAUCACUGAAAAAAUCAUAUUUCACAAUGGGCUGGUUUCCUAGCCAUUUUAAUUCAAAGUUGUAGCUAGCAAAUACUUGAAUUUCUAAAAUAAUGUUGUUUAUUUGUCAUUUUGGGAAAGUAUCUGUGGCUGAAUAGGUUUAGCUAAGCUUUCCAACUUUGCAGCCUGAGAAAUCGUAAGGGAUUAUGUCUUUUCCUUCAUUAACACAGUGCAGCAUGUUGGUAAUUGCACCUCACUGUUACAGUACAUCAAAUUGUGGUGUGUUUUCAACCAAGGGCAUGUCAGUCACUUGUAUUUUGUUAAACAAGUGUUUGUACAGUGUUGAUAUGCAGAACUUGCUCAUUUAGCUAUGUGUGUAAGAGGUUCUGAUCUAGAUUUUAUUUUUUUUCUGCAAUGUUUAAAUACACAAUUUUUUGAUUUC